CAAACCUUCGAAAUUAACAAAUAAUAACCAUGGCCGAUAACAACGAAGACGAACUUGUCGAUUACGACGAAGAAGAGGUAUGUUUUAUCCCACACGAACUACCCAACUUUGCAGAUCUUCCGAUCUGUCGUUGCGACACCAGCUUUGGCUCUGCUUGUUGUUGUAUGCGAAGUAAUCGUGAAAUGAUUGUCUCACAACAAAAAUCCAUUUUCUCUUUCCUUCACCAACUUUUCGAAAACGAAAGGAGGUAGCCGUCGGCGACAAGGCCGCCACUGGAGAGGAGGCAAAGGAAACCAAAAAGUGAGUUAGACAUUAUACCGUACCUUACAAAAUGAUAUAGACAGGAUUCGAAGAAACGAUUGAUACGAAACGACACUUAGACAUUGUAUCAUAAAUCCAUCCAUAAGCGAUGUUCUACGAUACGACUCGAUAGGCGCUUCAAUUUUGGGAGAAACAAAGCUUCGGGUUGGGCGCCAUGCUAUUGAGCGCUGACCGGAAGUGAACGAAUUCUGAAUGAAUCAACAGAUGAUGGAAUCAAUCAGUUUGGAUUUCUUCGAACUCGACCUAGCAGAGCGGAAUCGAACCAAAUCGAUUGCCAUCACGUUGGACCGAAGGAAACGAUCGGGGAUGGAGUUCGUGACACCAGAUGUUUCUCUACUUCUAUGGAGGAUACCACAGAACAGUCGCGUAACGAAUCAACGGCGCUAGAUUGGAUACAGGCGGGGUGGCAGAUCGCCUUCCUUUUGCUCUUAUUAUUGUUUUGCCAUCCAAAACUACUGCCCUCCCGGCUUUAGUCACGGCACUCCAAUGCGGCCGAUAUCCAGAGCACUCGAGGACGCGUCAUCUGCGUAUCAUUCCACUGUUCUUUGAUGAACGAACCCAAAGUAGCGUUGCCCAAUCGAAACGAAAGUCUUGUCGAAAUCGAUAUCAAUCCUGUUAUACAAACAACCUGCUGCGCAUGCCUACGCGAAUGAAUUGAAACGAAAACAAAUUUGUUCUGCACGAUACCUCAUUCGCCAUCCCGUUCAACUCAACUCAACUCAAUAUUCAACAAUUUUUACGUCCCGUAAUCAUAUUGAUUCAAUGAUUAAUUCAAAAACAAUCAUCCUUCAAUGCAACCAUUCAUUGCGAUGCUAUCAAUCCAUGCAACGCACACAAAUAUAGAGGGCACUACGUUGGCAUCCAUGCGUCUGGCUUCAAGGACUUCAUGCUGAAGCCAGAGCUCCUUCGGGCUAUUGUUGAUGCCGGUUUCGAGCAUCCCUCUGAAGUUCAGCACGAGACCAUCCCCCAGGCUGUCCUUGGAGGAGAUAUCAUUUGCCAGGCAAAGUCUGGAAUGGGAAAGACUGCCGUCUUUACYCUCGCAACCCUCCAGCAAGCCAACGUCGAAGAGUCCAAGGUCUCCGUCUUGGUUAUUUGCCACACCCGUGAGCUCGCCUUUCAGAUUGCCCACGAGUACGAACGAUUCAGCAAGUAUCUGCCCAAGGUCAAGACGGCCGUCUUCUACGGUGGUGUUGCUGUCAAGCAGAAUAAGGAGAUCCUCAAGAACGACUGUCCGCACAUUGUGGUGGGAACCCCUGGUCGAAUUCUUGGGUUGGCUCGGGACAAAGACCUAAAGCUCGACGGGAUCAAGCAUUUCGUCCUGGACGAGUGCGAUCGCGUCCUCGAAUCCUUAGACAUGAGACGUGACAUUCAGGAAAUUUUCCGCUUGACGCCCCACGAAAAGCAGGUGAGUUCUUCUUCGUGUGGUUUCUUUCAUAUUGCAUGACUGAUUAAUUUCGCACAUUUGAUAUAGCUGUAUCGUAAUGUUUCGAUCAUGUUUUGUACAUUGUGUUUAUUCUCUGACCUUAAUAAUCUCUUCCUAUCACA